GAUUAUUAUGGCAAAGAGCUGCAGAAAUCAGAGGACCUGAAAACGAAUGCGUGUGUCACCUCAGCCAGGCCCCUUCCCAAGGCAGUGAGAGAUGCUUUGAAGCGUGUCCAUGAGGAGGUGGUGGCCAGGUACUAUGGCUGUGGUCUGGCAAUCCCUGAGUGCCUGGCGUCGUGCCGGAUCCUGGACCUGGGCUGUGGCAGCGGCAGAGACUGCUACCUGCUGAGCCAGCUGGUUGGGGAGCGAGGCCAUGUCACCGGGAUAGACAUGACCGAGGGCCAGGUUGAGGUGGCGAAGAAGCACAUUGCUUACCACAUGGACAAGUUUGGCUACCAAAAGCCAAAUGUGGAGUUCCUCCAGGGCUACAUGGAGAAGUUGGGCGAUGCCGGGCUGGCUGACGAAAGCUACGAUAUUGUCAUCUCCAACUGUGUGAUCAACCUUGCCCCCGACAAGAGGGCCGUGCUGCGGGAGGCCUACCGUGUGCUGAAGCCUGGGGGAGAGAUGUACUUCAGCGAUGUCUAUGCCAGCCAGCGCCUGAGCGAGACCAUCCAGAAGCACAGAGUGCUGUGGGGGGAGUGCCUGGCAGGAGCCCUAUACUGGAGAGACCUGUACAGCAUCGCCGAGGAGGUGGGGUUCAGCCCCCCAUGCCUGGUCACCGCCAGUGCCAUCACCAUCAGCAACAAGGAGCUGGAAGGCAUCAUUGGCGACUGCCGCUUCGUCUCCGCGACUUUCCGCCUGUUCAAGGUGCCAGACAGCAGCUGGGCCGGGCCGGGCCGGGUCAUCUACAACGGCGGGAUCGUGGGGCAUGAACGAGAGCUGGUGUUUGACACCAACUUCACCUUCAAGGAAGGAGUGGUGGUGGAUGUGGAUGCUGAGAUGGCUGCGAUUUUGCGGAGCUCCAGGUUUGCGGAAAAGUUCCUGAUGCUAGCUGCCGAGGGCAAUGCUGACGCACUGCAGGGCUGCUGCUGCCGGGGAGCGAAGAAGAUCUGCAAUCCUUUCCAGCUGCUGGAGCUGCUGGCAACCCCGGCUCCUGCCUGCUGUCCCCAGGGAUGCUGCUGA